CUUAAACAGAUUCGGAUUGUAACCUAAAACCCGACCCAUGAUACCAGUUCCACAAAAACCUGUCGAACAUUUAUGCUUCUGCGACUUCAAAUCUGUCGAACAUUUAUGCUUCUGCGAGUUCAAAACACCCAUGAAUCGAUUUUUCAACGCUGCGACUAAAAAUCUCGGAGGUCUCAGAGGCUAUGCUGUUGGUGCAGAGGGUAGGAAUGUCUCUGAUGUUCGAAGCCUGAAAAUUGAAGGAGUUAAAGAUAUUAUAGCCGUUGCUUCUGGCAAAGGUGGCGUGGGCAAGUCAACUACUGCUGUUAACUUGGCUGUUUCACUAGCCAAUAAGUGCCAACUUAGUGUUGGAUUGCUUGAUGCUGAUGUAUAUGGACCAUCGAUCCCUACAAUGAUGAAACUUCAUGGGAAGCCUGAAGUAAGUAAAGGCAAUAAAAUGAUUCCAAUUGAGAACCAUGGAGUGAAGUGUAUAUCAAUGGGGUCUCUUGUUGAGAAAGAUGCUCCAAUUGUGUGGAGGGGUCCUAUGGUGAUGAAAGCUUUAGAACAAAUGACAAGAGGAGUUGAGUGGGGGCAGCUAGAUAUUCUUGUGGUAGAUAUGCCACCUGGCACUGGUGAUGCUCAAAUCUCUAUGUCACAGAGGCUGCAAUUAUCAGGAGCAUUGAUUGUAUCAACUCCUCAAGAUGUUGCAUUAAUGGAUGCUCGAAGAGGAGUGAAAAUGUUCUCCAAAGUCUCGGUUCCUAUAUUGGGGCUCAUAGAGAACAUGAGUUAUUUCAAAUGUCCACAUUGUAGCAAACCUUCUUACAUUUUUGGAAAAGGGGGGGCCCGCAAAACAGCUGAUGAAAUGGGACUAGGAUUUGUUGGCGAGAUACCGUUGGAGGAGGAGAUCAGAAGCGGGUGUGAUGAAGGUGUCCCUGUGGUUUUAUCUCAUCCAGAAUCUGCUGUUUCAGUAGCAUAUGGUGAUGUAGCUUUGAAAAUUAUCAGCAGACUUCAUGAAUUAGCAGCAGCUGAUCAACAGUUUAAACCUCAAAUAAAUCUAUAAAAUCACCAUUUUUAAAUCUCUUUAUUUGUUAUAUGUUUUGGUCACAAGUUAUGUUGAAUGAGAGAGGUCAAGACAUACAACUAGUUGUAGGCUUGUAGCAUAUAAACUGAGGGAGUUCCUGUUCCUUACAGGGUUAAAUGCUAUUUCAGUCAUGAAAUAGCUACAUAUUCUCAUUCAUUGUUUUUAUUAUAUAAUGAUUUGUUUUUUUUUUAA